UUCAAUAAAUCCAACUCGAUCCAAAAAAAUGGAACGACUCCAAUUUUAAAAUCCGAUCCGGCCUCGUAGGCCAUGGAAAAUGGGUCAGAUAGUGUCGCGGAUUAAUCCCACUCAUUUGAAGUCUUGCUGACAUGCUGACGUUUAAAAAGAAUCCUGUUCGACCCGACCAAUCUGCAGCCAUUAAUCCGACCAAGCAAAGCAAGCGGAGAUGUUGGGGUAUUUACGAAGGGUGAUGGGAUCUACCUCCCGGCGACAGCAGACGCGUGACAGGGUGGCCCCAGAUCAACACCAGCCGUCUAUCUUGCUGAUCUGACGGAUGACACAAACGCGGGUCCCAUCUCCAACAAAGCACAUGCCACGUCGUCCAACAAUCCAACUCAGCUCCACGCGCGAAGCGCUAAAGGAAAACAUUUGCCUCUGCCCCUCGAUGCCUCUUAAAACCCCUCGUCCUCCCUUCUCCCGUUCUUCUCCUCCACCGUCACCGGGAUUUUUCUCUCUUCUCUCUUCUGAGAGCUCUCUCUCUAUCUCUCUCCUUUUCCUGCCACCAAAAGAAGGAGAAAAAAGAUCCAAAAUCAGCAUAGGAGAAAAGGAGGAAAUAAAAAGUAGAAAAAAAGAGAAAGAAAUCAAGAAAGAAUAAAGGAGAGAAAAAGCUCGGAUUUGUUCUCUUUUACUUGUCUCCAUUUUCUCUCCCAUUUUUGGCUUUUGCUUUCUCUCUCAGUCUACUUAUUGGAGAAAAAGAAUGGAAUGGUGGGAGAGACCGCCGUCGCGGCGCGGCCGCAACAAGCCCUCCUUCUCCUCCUCUCUCCUCGACGCCAUCUACCGUUCCAUCGACGAAUCCGACGGCGGCGGAGGAGGUCCACCGCCGGAUGGCCGCAAAGGCGGAGCACCCGAUCCAUUCUUUUCCUAUUCCUCUUCCGCCACCGCCGCCGCUAGAAAGAAGCAGAGCGCGGACGAACUCAGGUGGACCGCUGCGGCGGUGAGCGACAGGGCGGUGAUCCGACGCGGCUCGGGGGGUGACUACAACCGCCGUAUCGUCACCCAUGCCUCCAGCUCCUCAGAUUCCUCCAGCUACGGUGGCUGCUCCUCCUCUUCCGAGGCGGAGUCGGCGGCGGCAUACUACUCGGCAGGGGUCAAGCCGGUCCACUCGGACCGGAUGCGGUCCGGUCCGGAGGUCCCACCGGAGAAGAAGAAGGGCGGCUCGAUCCGGAGCCGGUUGCGCGACCUGAGGAAGGGCCGGGCCCCGACGUCGCCGGGGGCGCGGCUGGCGAGCUUCCUCAACACGCUUUUCGCCGCCGUCGGGAGCCCCAAGAAGCCCAAGAUCGCGGCCCCGCCACCGCUGGAGUCCGCAUGCUCGUCGGCGUCGUCCUACUCGCGUUCGUGCCUCAGCAAGACGCCGUCGUCGAGGGGUCGCCGUAAGCCGCCGCCGGCGGCGGCGGCGGCGGAGGGAGGCAAGAGGUCGGUGCGGUUCUGCCCUGUGAGCGUGGUCGUCGGCGAGGACUGCCGGCCUUGUGGGCGCAAGUGCCUCCACGACGCCGAUCUGGCGGCGGCGGCGGUGGCGGGGCCGCUGCCGCCGCCGGCGGUGGCGAGGAGGGUGGAGGAAUUGCUCCGGGGUUUGGAGAGGGAGGAGGAGGAAGGGGCGAUCAGCGAUUCGAGCUCGGAUCUGUUCGAGCUGGAGAAUUUGACGGGGAUCGGACGGUAUCGGAACGAGCUACCAGUGUACGAAACCACCGACAUGGGAACCAAUCACGCCAUCGCCCGGGGUUUGGCUGUGUAAAAGAAAAUAGAAAAAAAAAGAGAAAAAAUUAAGUUUAGGGGGGAAAAUGUAUGUAUUUCCUGGGAAAUUAGUGUUUUCCAUUUUGGAUAUAAUCAAUAAAUUUUGGACUAAAUGCCAACAGGGUGAAAUAAAAAUGGUUUAUCUAAA